GGAACUGAACAGAAACAGACAAUAUUGAACUAGAGUAGAAAUAGUCGGACUGAAGCGUAAAGCGGCAAACGCACAGUUCUUUGGCGUGUAAACGUGUUUGUUGUACGCAGAAAGUUCGGUGUUUUGUUUCUCCUCAAAUUAUGACUGAAAACCGGAACUAAGUGUUCAAAUUUAUGUUGGAUAUUGACUGAAUAAACUCUCGUUUAUUGUAUGUGAAGUUUUCGUGACUUUCUAACAGUUCGUUGUCAACAUUUUGAACUUUUCUAUGCCUUAAGUGACUGGGGCAUAAUCUGUCUAAUGCCUCAAACGAUGAUUUCAAGCACCAAUUUACAGGCUGAAAAUGGCAGGGAAAUGACGUAGCGGGAAGUGAGGAAAGAAGAAAAACCACGACCAUGUCUUCGAGUGCCUUUUCGUGCCUAAAAAUCAACGAAUGCCUGCCUCUAUUUUUAAUAAUAUAUCUUACUCACAUAUGUCAGGCAUGGCUUCCCGACACAAAUACAAAAUUCAAUAGUGUGAACAAAAUUUCUAGUAUAAGCUUUAAAGGGAAUACAAGCAAUUAUGUGGAUCAUUUUACUGUCUUGUAUCAAGACAAAGAAACAAUUUUACUAGGCGGCCGAAAUCGCAUAUAUAAUUUGUCAAUAUACGACUUCAGCGAAAGAAAAGCCGCCGAAAUUUUCUGGCCUUCUUCGGAAGCCCAUGGACAAUUGUGCAACUUGAAAGGAAAAAAUGAAGAUGAAUGCCAAAAUUACAUCAGGCUUUUGUUUAAAAUCAGCCCGGGCAAACUACUGAUAUGCGGGACCAACUCAUUCAAGCCCCUUUGUCGAAACUACUUCUAUAAGAAUGGGAAGUACUUGAUGGAAAAAGAGUCGGAAGGCAUUGGAGUGUGUCCGUACGACCCAGAGCACAACAGUACGGCCAUCUACAGCAACGGGCAUUUGUUUUCAGCGACAGUUGCUGACUUUUCUGGAGGCGAUCCACUUAUUUAUAGGGAACCCCUUCGAACCGAAUUAUCUGAUCUCAAGCAUCUGAACGGACCAAAUUUCGUCAGUUCAGUCACACAUGGGGAAUAUAUAUACUUUUUCUUCCGCGAGACUGCGGUCGAGUUCAUGAACUGUGGAAAGAUAAUAUAUUCUCGCGUAGCGCGAGUUUGCAAACACGACAAGGGCGGCCCUCAUCAAUCAAGGAAUAAGUGGACAACGUUUAGCAAAGCAAGACUGAAUUGUUCCGUACCUGGAGAAUACCCAUUUUAUUUUGAUGAAAUACAGUCAACAAGCUCGAUAAUAGAGGGCAAAUACGGCGAAACAAGUACCAAAAUAAUAUAUGGCGCUUUAACAACACCUGAUAAUGCAAUUGGUGGAUCAGCCAUAUGUGUAUUCCAGAUGGAAGAUAUAGAAGAAGCGUUUCGAGGGCCUUUCAAACAUCAAGAAAGUAUAAACGCUAAUUGGCUUCCCGUACCGGAUAAUAAAGUACCAGAACCUCGGCCAGGCGAAUGCGUUAGAGACAGCAGGAUUCUACCGGACGCCAAUGUAAACUUUAUUAAAACGCACCCGCUUAUGGAGAAAGCGGUACCUUCGUACCAUGGCAGACCCAUUUUGAUUAGAGUCAGUUUGAACUACAGGUUUACGGCUAUCGCUGUAGAUCCACAAGUUAGAACGGUCAAUGACGAGACGUUCGACAUCAUUUACAUAGGAACAGAUGACGGAAAGGUGCUGAAGGUGGUGAACAUCGCAACCGAUCAGUUCUCGAAGGCUUUCGUGAUAUCUGAUAAUGAAGUAUUUCCUAAGGGCACAGCAGUGAGACAACUUACUUUAGCACCCGGAUAUGGAAAAGUGAUUGCUGUUAGCAAAGGCGAAACGAAGCUAGUCACUUUGAACCAUUGCAAGUUUAUCGCUUCCUGCAGUGAAUGCAUUGAACUUCGAGACCCUCAUUGCGCGUGGGACCAAGUGAAGAACUUGUGCGUGAGCGUUGACCAAGCGACAUCCUUCAGAUAUCUGGUGCAGGACAUCAUCAAGAGCAAUGGGUCCAAGUGUAAAGUUUCCCUGAAUGAAAAGGCACCACGCAAAGACGUGGAUGACACGAUAACUAGUAACUCUAUUGAUGAAGAGCCGAGCUCAAGUGCUAAAGAACUGUCUCUUCAAAUCGACAGUCGACCCGAACCGGAUUGUGAAAACGACAUUAACUCUGAGUUUCGAACAGGAUGUUCACAAAUCAAAAAAAGUGAAUUCACGUCAGGCACGUUGUGGUGGGGCAUUGUGGUGGCUGCUAUGGUUGGACUCUUCGUGGGUUUUGUGGGGGGAUACUGCGUGUCAAAAAAAAUUUACAUGCAGUAUCCUAGCACACCCUUUAUUGAGCAACAUAAUCAAUUAGAUAGACUUAAUGGAAAUCACAGUAUGCUAGCCAGGCCUAAGACGGUAAACUUAGACCUGAACGUAACUUCAGAUACUCUUCCGCCAAAGAAAGAUAAUCUAGGAUCUCUGAAAAACUUAAAUAUCGCCAAUGAAGGGACACUGCAGAAGAUCAAGAAAACGUACAUAUGAGAAUCGAUAUUUUUUAAUUGUGUGCUCGUUUAGAUUUUUGUUACAUAUAUUUUUGUACCUGCUACUUUACGUUAAAUUAUAGACUGCCUUUGAUGCUAUUUUCUAUUUUAGAGAAUACGUAAUAAGAAUCUCAAGUAGUUUGAUAGGGAGCAACUGCAACGCGCAGUAAUAUUUUAAUGCCCAAUUUUUAUGCAAAUUUGAUUUGAAAAUCACUGUUGAAUCAGAAGUUGUAUUAUCCCGAACAAAAAACUUUUAUUAUAUACUCACACUCUUCGUUAUAUUUGGGAAGCUCAAUGUGUUAUACAUGUAAUUAUUUGUCUACUAAAUACUUUAUUUUAAUUUAGAUAUACCAGGUAACAAUGCAGUAAGUUAAAAACACUGUUUUAUUCAACAACAACGUUUAGCUGUAUUCAACCUUGUGUGAGGCACAGCUUACGUAAUGCUGCAGCAUAUUUGAAUGAAGCUAUGUUAAUAAAGAGAUAGCAAUGUGGUAGAGAUGAUGCUGAAAUACUGAAAGUAAAAAUAAAAACGUAUUGUCACUUUUCUAUUUCAGCACCAUUUCUCCCAGUUUAAAAAUGCAGAAAUUGAAACGUCCUUAAGCAAUGACUACAUGGACAGAUCCAAACUUACACUAUUUUUAUAGUUUAAAGAUACGUAUGUACAACAGAAAAGUCUUUCUGCAUGUGCAGACUGACUUCGGUUAAUAUUAAGCUCAAUACGUUUCUCCGCCUGGUUUAAUAUUGGGGAAAUUAAGAUACUUUUAAGCUGAAAUGUAAAUAAGCAGUUGCACCAAGUGUAGGUUUUCGUUCACGUUGUUUAACAAUAUCAGCGUAAUACGGACACUUGACGAAAGUCUGUAACGGGGAUAUGUAUUGAACUUAAUAAUUGUUUUGAUAUAAAUUGUUUCGCGAAAGUAUUAGUUGAAUAUAAAAAUGAGAUAUUACAAUGUGUACAAUGUUUAAGUUAUCACGAUUAAUUGAAUUGGGCAGAUUCGCUUUUAUCGUUCAUUUUUAUUAUUAGGCGGCCAAGUAUUGUGUAAGUGAAAAAAUGAGCCCGUUUAAUUAAGAUUUAUUUUUGUAUUUUAAAAUUAGACCUUCUUUGUAAAUAGUUGGAUAAGUUAAUUUUACUUUAGUUUCAGGUACAGGUUUGGCUGUGAUCUACAAAAAUCUACAUUGCCUUUAUUGAAUUAAAUAUUAAGCUGUAAGCGAAAAAGUAAUUGAAUAAUUUUAACAGUCUUUUUUUUAAAUAAUGAGCACAAUAAACUUAUUUAAUUAUUUUUUCAUUUAAGGUCGUUUUAAGGUUAACGCCGUAGUUGAGUUACAUUCCAAUAGCUAUUUUAUUGUGUAAGUAAAUAAAGUUUUAAAAAUGA